UGCCUACUUGGUCGGUCCCUAUUGAGUUGUUUCAUUCAUUGUAAGAAUGUGUGAAAAGAAUCUUCUCUAAGGAAGACAAACUCUUCAUCUACAGUCCAACCACGAACAAGGAAUUGUGUCGGAGGCUUCUCAACAAGUAUGAAGUGUUCAGAAGACGAGGAUUUCAGGGUGGUCUCGGGAAAAGAUCGGUACUUUUCUAUGGUAGGAUAUACAACCGUCUCUUGACAAGUCCAUGCUAAGGAAAUGGCAGAGCAGAAACAGAUGAAAACUUCCUUCCUAUAUAUCCAGCUGAAGUCACCGAGUAAAUGUGCUGAGCGAUCACAGAAGGCGUGCUGUUUGGCAGAGAAAACUUUCUUAGCUGCAAGCAGAAAGGCAUGUGACACUAGGAGGCCAGAUCCUCCUGUGAGAGAAGACACACAGCCUGCUUGUAGCAAGCUGAAGAUAGAAGCAGGCAGUUCUGCCCAGAGCACAGUGUCAUGUUUAAACAUCUGCACGGCAAUGAGCAAUGGCACCAAGAAAAGCAAAACUACUGCCCAGGGAUACACACUGGCACUUGCCAAAGCAAGCGAUGCAACUAAACUUCCCGAUCUCGGGGCUGGAUUAUUCAGUCAGCUGAAAGAAAAUGGAACCUUUACAUCUGAUGUCGCACUGACAAGCCAGUAUGUGUCUGAUCCAAGUCCCUACAAUAGUGACGGAAGCAGCUGGAACGUAAUGGAUCAACGUUGCAAUCCAGGAGAAGAAAAGAUGUGGUGGAAAGUUGAAAUGUGUAACCCUUUGGUGACAAACACUCCAAUCCUUUGCCGAAGUCCUGAGUUUAAAAGUUUCCGGAAUGCAGUGGUUGAAAAAUCGGCCACAUUCAUAGGCACCCAUGACAGCUAUAUGGGGCAACGGUUAGAGGGCACAAGACUAUCCACCAGGUAUCCUAUGUCGGUGACUACUGCUAGUCCUGUCAAACUGGAAAAGGCAGAAAGGUAUGUUUGGGUUAACAACACAUCAGCACACUCCCAGAAUGUUGCAAAGGCAAAGUAUGAAUUCUUGUUUGGUGAGCCCAAGUCUACAACAGAUGACAAAGCGCCAGAUGACCCUGGAAAUACACGGUUGCUUCAACAGACUGCUAGUGUCAACAAUGAAUUCCCUGAAUAUGGAACAACGGAGCACAGAGAAAAUGACACAUUCAGAGCUGCAUAUGGAUGUUUAGGUGAACAAACACAAUGCCCAGACGAUACAAGAGGACCGGAGGAGCCCUUCCCACUUACACAGAAUGACAAUUCUGAACAAUGUUUACAUGACAAACUAAAGAGCGGGUCUCAAAAUUUAGUGGGGAGUGAUGGUGAAGACAGUAACUGCUCUCUAGAUCCUCAAGUAACAUCUUGGCAGACUAACAGACCCUCUCAACCAGAAUGUAAUUUGAUAGUUGGUGAUAGUGGGAACUUGGAGAAUAAGCAGCAUAAUCCUAAUGUGCAAAGUCCCCAACCAUUAAAAGAAGUAGAUGGCGUUAUGGUUCCAAGUCAGGAUGAGCCAUCCAAUGCUCCUACAGUUCAUGCUCCAGAAAGAAAAUCAUACUUGUACGUAGACAGAGAGCUACCAGCCAUUUCUGAAGAGGAAACUCUCUCAGAAUCUUCUUUAUCACAAAUCACGGAGAUUGCAGAUUUUCCUAAAUCUUCAACGUCAACUAUCAUGGACCACAGUGAUGGCGCAAUGGCAAGAAAUUUAGAAGUAGGUGUGGAAGUGAAUGGUGGUCCUACUCAGUCCCUAUCUCCUAUUAUAUCGGUAUCUUUAGAAAAUGCUGCUAUUAACGGUAUGAAUAGUUCAAUGGUCCAAACAGAAAUGGCUGGAAAAUGGGAGGACAAUUCUCCUUUUGCAGUGGAGGAAAAACACAAUGAUACAACGUCCCUCAUAUCUCCAGGAACAAGUAGUUACAUUCCAACACUUGAGAGGACUAGAAGUUCAGUAGGGGCAACAUUUUCAUCUGUAAUCCAGAGGCCUAGGAGCGCCUCUGACACAUGUAUUCAAGACGGGGUAGACAAUGAGGUUUUCCUUAAGGAUACUCAACCUGGUGAUGGGAUUUCAGGACAUGUUCGAAUUCCCCCAAGUCCUAGGAUUGUGGUCGAUGACCAAUAUGAAGACACCUUUAGAUCGAAGAGAUGCUCUGAGGACUCCACAGAUUUGUACAGCUCCCAGUUUGAGAACAUACUGGACAAUACAUCAUUGUAUUACAGUGUGGAGUCAUUGGAUACCUUAUACUAUGAGCCAGAUAGUUUUUUCAGCUUUGAGAUGCCACUGACACCAAUGAUUCAACAGAGAAUCAAAGAGAGCAACCAGUAUCUGGAGAGGAAUGUGUCUACCGAUGUGGAACAUGAGUUUCUUAAAGUUGACUCUGGCAGUGGAAUAACAAUGGGAUACAGCAAUGAUGUCACCAAUGGGUUGGAUGAUACAACAGAAGCAGAAUUAAGUAAAACAAGUGAGGAGCUGGAUAUCUCAGGAAGUGAUGCAGGAGCCAGCAGAAGACCUCUAGAGGCCUCACAUGACAUGGGCAGCACUGAAAUCCUUGAAAAAGGAAGCACUGAAAACCUCAGCAAUGGGACCAAUAGUAAUGUUCAAGCUGCUAAACGCUUGGCCAAACGUCUCUACCUUCUGGAUGGAUUUAAACGCUCUGAUGUUGCAAAGCACUUGGGAAAAAAUAAUGAUUUCAGCAAGCUCGUGGCAGAAGAAUAUCUAAAAUUUUUUGAUUUCACGGGGUUAUCCCUGGAUCAGUCACUCAGGAGUUUCUUUAAAGCCUUCUCACUCAUUGGGGAGACUCAGGAAAGGGAGAGAGUAUUAAUCCACUUCUCCAAUAGAUACUUUCAAUGCAAUCCAAAUACCAUAUUUUCUCCAGAUGGCAUCCAUUGUCUUACCUGUGCAAUCAUGCUUCUCAAUACGGAUCUACAUGGACAUAAUAUUGGAAAGAAGAUGAGCUGUCAGGAAUUCAUUGCCAAUCUUCAAGGGGUGAAUGAAGGCACAGAUUUCCCACGGGGGCUUCUUAAGGCUCUGUACAACUCUAUUAAGAAUGAAAAACUAGAAUGGGCUGCAGAUGAUGUUGAUGCGAUGAAGAAAUCCCCAUCAGACAGCAACGAUGACAAAUCUAAUGGUAUGGGAUCGAAGAGUGUUAGUCGUAUUGGAAGUAGCAGCAACCCAUUCCUGGACAUCCCCCACGAUCCUAAUGCUGCCGUUUACAAGGCUGGUUUCCUUGCACGCAAAAUCCAUGCGGACAUGGAUGGGAAAAAAACUCCAAGAGGAAAGCGAGGAUGGAAAACAUUCUAUGCUAUUCUGAAGGGAACUGUCCUUUACCUGCAAAAGGAUGAAUAUAAACCAGAAAAGGCUUUGUCUGAAGAUGAUUUAAAAAAUGCUGUAAGUGUACAUCAUGCUCUGGCCUCAAAGGCAACAGACUACGAGAAGAGGCCUAAUGUCCUCAAGCUUAAAACCGCAGACUGGAGAGUUUUUCUUUUCCAAGCCCAGAGCACAGAGGAGAUGGAAUCUUGGAUUAACAAAAUAAAUUGUGUGGCUGCAGUGUUCUCUGCUCCACCAUUCCCAGCUGCUAUAGGAUCCCAGAAGAAAUUCAGCCGCCCGUUACUGCCUGCUACCACUACCAAGCUGUCAAAGGAUGAACAGCUGAAAUCACAUGAAACAAAACUUAAACAAAUCUCCACUGAGCUAGCUGAGCAUCGCUCAUAUCCACCUGACAAAAAAGUAAAGGCCAAGGAAAUAGAUGAAUACAAGAUGAAAGAUCACUACCUGGAGUUUGAGAAAACCCGGUAUGAAGUUUAUGUACAGCUACUAAAAGAUGGUGGCAAAGAGCUGCUGGCCAAUGGGGAAAAUGACAACUCUGGCAUGAAAAAAUCUCAUUCCAGCCCUUCCCUCACUCAAGAUUCAUCACCAGCCAGUGCCAAGGUCAAGCGCAACAUUUCUGAGAGAAAGGAUUACCGGCCAGAGACACCCAGCAUCAAGCAGAAGGUUACCUAAGAGGCAUAGGAUUAAUAGAAGCUGGAGUCAGUCAGCAAGAGCAGCAACAUAUUUUGUCCGUCACAAUUGUUACUAUCUGUGGUUCAUUCAAACAACAAAACAAGUCUGUGACUGACUGAAGCUUGAUAGCAUUUUCUCUUGCACAUUCCUUUUUGCUGUUGACUGCUCACUAUAUUGUAGAUGUCUUUGUUCCCAAUCUGCAGAGUGUGGUAUUUUGGCUUAUGACAACUCAUGAGCUGCAAGUUCACUCCAGUACUGAAAGGUAUAGCUAAGAAUGCACCUUUCUCCAUCAGGGGUUACAAUCCAUGCGCCAACCAUUAUACACCUUCAAUCGAGUAUACUCAUAUGUGUUCUCAGAUUUUACACAAGGUAUAAAGACUGGUGUUGGUUUACUACAAACAUUUCUUUUUUAACUAUUAUGAUGACAGUUAUGCAAAGAGACUAAAGUGUUAGGUUUAAAUUCAAAUUUCAGAUGUCAUUGAAUAGUAAAACACAGGCCAGACAACAAUCCAACAUUUUGAACCCUUGGUUUUAUUGACAUUUAGUUUUCCAGUAUACACUGUACUUGCAAGUUUCAGCUUUAGUAGUGUGGGCCAUUUACUUUAAAUGUACAGUUCUGGUCAGGGCAGUGUGCUUAUGCUGGGCUGGGUGGAUAUAGCACAUUCAGUUUUCAGUCUGCACAAUAUACAUCAUAUCUGCUAAGCAUUAUUCAAGGCCAGUUAACCUUUGAAUGUACUGUACAGUUUUCAUCUCAGUGGCUCAGUUUCUAAAUAGAAUUUAUCCUAUAAAGCAUUCGAUGGGUUUGCUUGCUCUCAAUGCAGGGAAUAGGGUAACUAUUGGACCUCCCAUUCAGAAUAGACAGGCAGGUCUUUGGUAGUGAUUUGCGCUAAGAAUAAUUGGACAUUUUUGCUGCUAAUUACAGUACCUGGCUGGUGUGCACUUCAUCAGCUCCCCUGCUUAUUCCAUUCUAUAAUACAUGCUCUCUAUACCUAGUACACGUUUCAAAGAAAGCUAUAAUUUCCAGCCAUGUAUUAUAAUUUUAUCUCUGAACUUUAUAGUUUAUUCAAAAUGCGUAGAUGCAGAAACAAAGGGUAUAAUUACUGACUGAUCACAAAAAUUCUAAAAUACGUAGAAAUUGAAAUUUCCCAACCUGAUUAGGGAUAAAAGGCCACUGCUGUUAUGAUGCUGCAUAAGGAGUUGACACAUUAGAAAAAUGCAUUUUACAGCUUCUCAUCAAGAUGCAAAGUGUAGCGUCACCCAGAUUCCGCCUUCAUUUUAAAUGUAUGCUACGUGUUUAUAUAUGGAGAUACUACAUCUAAAUAUUCUGUUAAUGGGCUUUAAUGGUUUAGUAAGUGGGAUCUAAAUCAAAUGGGUUCUAACUUAGGAUCUCGAGUUCUAGAAUACGCCAUAACCCAGUCUACAGAAACCGCUGUUGUGCAUCAAGCUACAAUACAUUUGCAUAUUUGCUUUCUUCAGCUUGUCGGAUGGGCUGACCAAAGCGAGCAUUGAAUUACGGUACUUGCUAUUGGUUUUAACUAAUUAGCAUUAGAUAAGCUUUCAGCCUAAUUUAUAUGUUAUCCUAUCUGCAGACUGUUCCAUAAAGAUUCUUAAAGCCACCAGACGAGACCAUUUAUAGAAUUAUUGUGCUAUCCAAAUGUUAACAGUUUAAGAUAUAUAUUCCAGCUUCUCCCUAAGCCAAGACUAUGGCAGUUUGAUUAAUGAAACAGCAUUUCCUUGCUCAGCAGCUUAGCUUAACAGCUUUCUGUUCGGAAAGGCACAUUUAGAAUGGACUCUGAGCAUUAGAGAUCUAGCACUCAGGGGCUACAUUACACAUCCAAGGAAAAAACAAGUAUAUUAGACCUUUGGUGCAUCUAAUACAAAAUAGAAUUAUACGAUUUAAUUUUCACAUAAUACAUACAUUUUGAUGCCUAAACCACAUAAUAAACACACUUACUGAAGGUUAAGAGCCAUGCAAAUAGCUUCAUAUAUUCAGUGUCUGAGGCUGUGCAUCUCGUAAAUACCCAUUCCAUGUUGAAUGAAUUCCGGGAAGAAAUGAUGGGGAACAUGUUUAUUUAAAUAUACAAAACAAUGGACAUCUGAAAGCAGAAAAUAAGACAAAGAUGAAAAUGCAUAAAUAGAAAGGGCUUUUGUAUACAGGUACAUUUUAUAGUUUUGAAUGUAGUUGUUUAGACUUAGGUAGUAAUGGAGUGCAGUAGAUGCAUCCUGCCUCCUUUCUCAUAUUUAUUUACAGUAGGUAGGACCACAGACGUGAAUAGUCAGCUUAGAUCUAAAGGCUGCAUAGGGAACAUAAAUCUGUAUGAAUGAAGAGAUAGUGCUACUAUCCAUAAUAUUGGCUGUGACUGGUAAUACACUUCAGACCCAUUAUCUGGGAUGAGGUGCAAUACCAAUGUGCCAGUGAACAAGUGUGGUGCUGUUUCUGGAUAAAAAAAACUCCUUUUUCAUCAUUUUCAGAAUAUGGUAUAAAGCAUAGAUGUUUUAGACUUUGCUAUAUAUUGGCACAUUACAUUUCACCAUCAUUGUGGUUAUGGAAAUUGUACAUGGCCUGAACAUUUUUUUUUCACAUUUGAAGCAUGAUGUCUUCAAACUAAGGAUACGUUUUCAGAGAUUAACCUCACUAGACCAGGUCUCCUACACAGCUCGUAUGAUCAAAACUUUUAUUGGUGUUUUUUGCCUCCUAAUAUAUAUGGCAUUAUCUAAAGGUACGUCAAGCGGACGCUUGAGAAUACUCUACAUACCAGAUGGCUUAGAAGAAAUACUGAUAGGCUCUGUACUCUGUGUAGAUGUGAUAUGUAUACAAAUGUGUAUAUAUGGUGAUUGUGUGUGAGGGAAUUAUUUUUAUUUUCUUUUAAAGGUACGAUUCCUCAAUAGUUUUACAUUGAGGUUUAUAAAUCAUGUUGGUUUACACAGUGCAAUGUUGCUUUUCCUAUUAUUAUUUUUUAAUAUACAUAUUUUACAAAAUACAUCUGCUGCCUGCUGUUCAUUUCAUAUUGUAGCCUGUCAUUUAAUGUCCAUUUUAGCUUUAUGGUUUUCGUUUUUAUUUUUUAUUAAUGAAUAUGGUAUUCCAGCUUAUAUUUUGUCUCACUUUACACAAUAAACGGAGGGAACCUUUAUUACACAUAUGUGCAAUAUCAGGGUAGAUACUGGUCAGAAGGGCUCCAAUUUGUAUUUAAUAUGUUGCAAAAUCUCCACAGGACAUACUUACAAUAAGAUUUUCUUGAUAUGUAGUUAAAUCACAUUGUUUGCCAUUGAUUUUGCAAAAUCACAGCAUAAUGUGGUUUUGUAAAAAUCACAAGAAAAACGCAGUGUGACUAAUGGCCACAGUACAUCUGUUUACCUCCAUUGAAGGUUGGAAAAAAUGUUGUGGUCUUACAUUUGCAUAUUCACUACAACCCAAAAAAGCUUGCUAAAUUUGAAUAACUUUAUUUAUUAAAGAUCUAUAUUUAAUUAUUUUGAAGUACUUUCGAGAGACAAAUCUGCAAAGCAUCAGGGAAUAGCCACAUUUGUGGUAAUGAGUAAAUGCUACAUGUAGAUGCAAUGCAUGUCCCUAUGUAGUAAAUGUGUUUGUAUUUGUGAGAAGUCAAUUUUAUUACGUUGUCUUCUUCUUCUUUUGCUUUUUAUCAGAUUUACUUUGGUCUGAAUUUCAUAUUACAUUCCCUACCAGCAAUGAUAACAUUCAAUAUGGCGGACCAAUUGGCUGAUGGCUAUCGCUCCAGGUGUUCCAAUGAGGAAAGGUUGAAAUCUAAGACUCCCAAUUGUAGUUACAUUAAUAGCUCUUAAUACGUGGUUUAAAUGUUGUUAGCCAUUUUUGCAAAAUAGACAUUGGAAUCUGUUUGACAGUAAUGACAUUUCUCCCUUUACAAACAGGAGCCAUUUGGCUACAGGCUCAUUCUACCUUACACUCUAUUGUCUGCAGUAUACAGCCACAAUUUAUAGCUUGUUUUCAGUAGAAAGAUCAGUGGAGAAAUCAUGAUGCCUUUCCGUACACUGUGACAACACCUUUGUCCUACCCAUGGACAAAACACAAUAGUGGCUAUUGUGACAGCACCUGGAGGGCAACCAUUGCAUAUUUGGUUUGCUUUCAGCUGCCCUUCAUUGUCCAAGUUCUUUCCUGCUUGUAAAAGCAGUGAAUAGAGUAAUAGAUGUAGAAUAGAAAAUUGCUUAUAUAUAUAAUUCCUUUAUAUGGUUUCAGUUGCUGCAAGGUGGAUCUUCACUUUAAGUUUACAGAAGAGAAAAAGUGAUGCAUGGCAAGUGAUUUUUAUAUAUUUUUUUAAAUAUGCAAAGCAGAUCACAAGAUUUGCUGAUUUAUUAUAAUUUUUUUUUCAAGACGAAAAUAUAUUAUGCAUUAUUCAUGUACCUUUAUAUGUUUAGAUUUACAGUAGAACUCCCAUGUGGCAGCAUGCACUAUACCAACCUAUGGGUAGUCUGCAAAUGUAAAGUACUGUACAUACUGAUCCUAGCAUCUUUUAUAUUUCAAUUAUAGUUUGUUAAAUGGGGAAUGCAUGUUAAGACACUAACUACAUAAGGUAGAGUAGACUAGUGUAUGAGUUCCCUAAGAAAUAGAUAAGAUUGUCACUCAGCCUGCCAGGCCCUUUAUUUUAUUAAAAUUGCAGCUUAAAGGAGUACUGUGGUGCAGGAACACUUAUGCCCGCACAAAGCGGCGGCCAAGGUAUCUCUAUGGGAGAAUCGUAAAUACCGAAACGCUGUAUUUCUGUCUCUCCCAUAGAGAUACAUGGAGGAGGUGUGUCGGCCACCGCUUUAUGUGAGGUUCAACACACUCUGUUCCUAGGGAGAGCCGAGUGACGUGCAGGAAAUCGCGGGGGGUCCCAGCGGUCAGACCCCACACAAUUUGACUCUUAUACCCUAUCCUUUGGAAAGGGCAUAAGUGUUCCUGCACUACAAUACUCCUUUUAAGUUCAUUAUUUUAAAUCAUUUUUAGUUGGUAUCCCAUUUUCUAGUUGCAAUAUAUUAUCAACAUAUAUAGAGUCACCAUGUCCAUGCUGUAUUCCAAUAUAAUAUAUAUGGUAUAAAUAUCAUCCCUGUAUGCUAUCUACUUGUAUCUAUUUUAGCACUCCAGUAGAUACCAGUUUCUGUAUUUUUUUGUACAUUUUAUUUCUGACAUUUUAAUGACUUUGUAAACAUUAAUCAGCAUAUAAUAGCAACAGUAGCACAUAUAAAAUAUGAUGAACUGGCUGCCAUUGCUGUUCCUAAGAGAUCAGCUCCCGUCUCCUUCGCAUUCCCUAGAAUUAAUGGCACUUUCUACAAAUUUGACUUUCAGUUAUAUGCUAUUUGUGGCUGCUAUGAAUGGUGUUCCAGAAUGUAAAAUUUCUGCACUCCUUGUUAAUUUUCUUUAGUGGCAUAUAUGUUAUAUUCAAGACUAUGACACAUAAGCCCACGCUAAAUGUAAUAGGUAUAGACUGAAAAUUGAAUCUAGCCAGAAUGCUGUCCUGAAGAAGUUCAGUACAUGGCACAUUUGAGGAGAUUAGUGCUGCUGGUGCCAUUAAGUGCUCACUCCUAAGGUACUUAGAUUUAUUUUCUGUUUCCUAUAAUGCUAAAUUGUUUUAGAUGUUUUCCAUCAAGUCGCCCAAAGCUUUAAGCCGAAUAUUUUUUUUUACAGAGGCACUUCUAGUUAUCCACAGAUUACAGACAAGUCUGUAAAGUACUUGAGAAUAUAAAAGGCAUGGGUAGAAAAUGUGAAUUCCCCCUGCCUCCAUUUAUGUUAUUACAUGAAUAAAGGUAUCAUUAAAAUGAGCCAUUGAAAUCUCAGAGAGACAUGUCAAAAAUUUUGAUCAGUCUGGUUCUUGGACCCCCACCGUUCGUUAGAACGAGCCAGGAGAAAAACAUGGCUGAGCGCAUCUAUCUCCUUGGCUUGCAGCUCUCGUUGUGUCUGCAGGUAACAGAUUCUAUAUUAAGUCCAAUGAGCCUAUCUCCUGUAACAAGACAAAGGAGAGAGUCGCUCAGCAGGACGCCUCUGCCAGGUUGUUCUACUAAUUAAUGAGGUCUGAAUACCCAGACCCUGAUCGAUCAUAUUUUUGAACCAUAGUAAUAUUUUAAGUUACUGGGGGUAUAUUUACCCAGGACUGGAUUUUCUAAUAGGUUCAAUAGUCCUGUGUCUAUGGACAGCCCAGCAAGAAAGUAUGGCUACUUCUCAGGUUAAAAUAACCUCUCGUUGGUAAUAAUAUAAAGUACAUGCAGUUUAUAUCUUUACUGUUAUAAAAGGAAACAAAAAGUCUUGCCUUUUCUGAUGGCAAGUAAUUCUUAGAGAGCUGUUGUUUGGCUCUUAUGUAUCAAUCAUGAAUCAGUCAUGGCAUUUUGCGCCCACAGGCUCCUUAGCUCUGAAUAUGGUACAGCAUUUACUGAACGUUAUUCCUGGCCCACAUAUCUCUGUUUAACUAGGGGUAUUCUUUAAUCCCGCAAAAUGACCAUUAUUUCUCAGUUAUUACAAUGUGUUUUGGGCACUAGUCUUCGCUACAGUAGUACAAUCUCAAGUACCAUUUCAGCUACCAUUAAACACAGCCUUGAUACUCUGUGGGUCUACAACUGAACUGUCAGCACUAAACCACUACAUGUUGAAAGAAAAAUCUCAACAUAAAUGUUUUCUUUAUUUCAAUGCCAUCUGAAAGGGAAGCUGUUUGCUCUAUUUGCUGCUAAAAGCUGCAGACACCAUUGAAUAGCGGUUAGGUUGUAAAAACAAACUGCACCUUUCCUGGAGCUGAAAGUGGUUACUAAACUUCUAAAGUUGCCUUUUAUUAUUUCAGCCAAGUGCUAAGGAGGCAGUGCCGAGCUUCUCAAAUGCCCCAGCAUAGUAUCCCUCCCUGCUCACCCUCACCUUCCAACCUCUCCUUGACUGAUGUGUAAUGUGGGAAGGUGAGAGAGAGUGAGGAGGUGUCAGGUUGUAUCACUUGAACAGCUUUGCUCCAACUCCUUGACAUUUGACUGAGAUAUUAAAAAAGGCAAUUUUGUAAGUUUGGCAACCACCAUCAGCUUCAGAAAAGGAACAGUUUACUUUUAUACCCUAAUAGGUAACCAAUGGUGUCUGCAGCAAAUAGACCUCAUAGAUUCCCUUUAACUAUUUCUAGUCCAGAUGAAAAGCCCUUACACAUUCUUAUGUCUUUCUAGAUGUUGUUAUUUGUCUGUUUGAGACAACCUAUAUUCUAACUAAAUCCUGUCUAUCACCUAAGCACACUAACUGGCUAUUUUCUGGCCAUUUGCACUUGGCACUUACGUUGCUGUCACACUGUGCAGACAGGUCAUUUUAGCAAAUUCUCACUUCUAAAUCUUUAAAAUGGGUAAACAUUACAUUUUUCCUUGUGACAUCUGAGGACAGGACUCUAUUUCCCUUUAGAUAAAGCAAAUCUGCAUGUGAACUUUUAACUGUAAGGCAAUAAAUAUUACCAUUUUAAGCCAAUAAAAACAAAGGGUGGAUAACAGAUUUAUAGGAUAUCCACUAUAACAACCAUGACAUAAAAUUGUAUUAAUUAGAAAUAAGGUAUAGGAAAUAUUUACAAUAAGUAUUUUCUCAGGUACCUGAUAAACUGGACUAUACUAUGGUAGGGGUAAAAUCGACAUACGAUGGCCUCUCAGAGGCCAUCGCAUGUCGAUGUCAGCAUCGACAUACGAUGCUUUUAUAUGUCGGGGCCAUCGCAUAAACUGCUGUCCGACAGCGCAAAAUGCUUAAGCUGCUGUCGGAUAGCAGUGUAAUGUGCCCCAGCAGGUUCACUUACCUAUUCCCGCUGCUCUGGGUCCACUUCGCGAUCCUCCGGUGUCUUGCGCAUCUUCUCCAGGGUCCGGGCCUUGCUUUCCGGCGUCGUUAUUAAGUCACUACGCACGCCGCGCCGGCGCAGCAGCGUAAUAACGUCACCUGAAAGCGAGGCCCGGACCCUGCAGAAGAUGCGUAAGACACCGGAGGAUCGCGAAGAAGACACCGGAGCAGCGGGACAGCAUCGGGAGCCCCUGGAACAGCAGUGGGAGCGGUGAGGACCUGGUGCGGAGCGGCGGGGACAGGUGAGUACAGCUUCCUAUACUUUACAUUGCACGGAUCCCUCAACAUACGAUGGAUUCGACAAACGAUGGGUCUUUUGGAACGAAUUACCAUCGUAUGUUGAGGGACCACUGUAUGCCAAUGCCACUUAGUGUAAAUAUGUCAUAAAUAGACUCCAAUGUUAAGAAAAAAUAUACCAUGCUGUGUGCUCAGGGGUUUCCAUUUAUGUACUAUCCAGCAUAUGGAAACUCCGAAUGAAACAACCUAAAGUUAUACUCUAUUGGAUGAUGAGGGUCUAUGGAUAUGUUUGCCAUAUGUUUUGGAGGAUUUCCCAAUGCAUAUGGCAAAUGAAUACCACAAACAUGGUGUAAAAAGACCACAUGGGAUAAAAACGCUGCAGAUAAUCUGUAGCUGGAAAUCUGUAGUAUUUCUGUAGGUAGAUAUGUACCAAAUCAUGUUAAAUUGUUUCUGUCAAUGGUUUUCUUCUGCCCAGUGCAUAUUGUGAAAUUUUCACAACAGAGUUACUGGCAUUAAAAUUCUGCUGCCGAAAGAAGGAUCAUUUUUUGGGUGAAAUCCACCUGGAAUGCAUUGUCGUCUAUGGAGACGGCAAUGUACAUGAUGUCCUAGCGCUUACUGAUUCAGUUGGUGCUGGCUGGACUCAAAAUCUCCACAGUGCAAACCUAGCCUAAGCGUUAUAGUCUCAAAUGCCUAUGUGAGUAAUAGGGUGGCCAGGUGGAAGGGGAGCAGGGGCCAUAAAAGGGCUCUACUUCUCCCUUAUGAUUAUAAAUUGCUAUUAAAAAUAACCUAUAUUGUCUGUUUCCGAAACUGUCUCAUCUGCUAUAUUUACAAAUCACAUUGACAAUACAAAAUAAACCCCAUUAACCAUGCUGUGUUUGAGAGUGAGAAAGUAUCAGGAAAUUUUACAUCUUUUUGCAGCAGUCAUAUAAGGGGAGAUUUAUCAAAACCUGUGCAGAGGAAAAGUUGCCCAGCUGCCCAUAGCAACCAAUCAGAGUUCUUCUUUCAUUUUUAAAAUGACCUCUGUAAAAUGAAAGAAGCGAUCUGAUUGGUUUCUAUGGGCAACUUUUCCUCUGCACAGGUGUUGAUAAAUCUCCCCUAUAGGGUUUGUCAGAGAAUAGUAAGUAAAAGGAGGUUAUAGGUGAAAUAGUGGUUAUCGGAUUUUUAGAUGUGUAAACUAGAUAGAUGCAAAUACUCAGAUUCAGGCUAUUCCACAGAAAAUCCCAUUUAUUGAUAACAUGUUUCACAAUUCUGACUCACUUACUGUAUAGGGCUCUAGAAUGUCUUUUACACCAAGUGCAAUAUGGUAAUCAUAUAUUAAAGAAUAACUCUCUAUGUAACUUAGCCAACAUUUUUGUUGUGUCUGACAAUAAAUGAUAUUGACAAUUUACAAUAACAAUCUGCAGGAUCACUGCAAGAAAAGUAAUAGUUUACACAACUUUUAAUAUUCAUUGGUACUUUAUGUAAAUUUGAAGUGUUCAGCUGUGAACAUGGCUGAAAACAGGAAAGUGCAUAGCACAUCUAUGAUUCCGCUCAGAUAGCCAUAACACUCCCAUGCAGAAGUUGAUGUGGGUGAAGGAGGGACAUAUUGUGGUCAUUGUCAUAAAUGCUCAGCCAUUGUACAUCAUGUUUUGUGUUGAUUUUGCUUUAUAGACUUUGUAUCCUAUUCCUUGUGAUUCAUGGAAUACUGUGUAUAUCGAACAUCUAGCAGAGGGUUGUGGAAGCAAAACAAGUUUCCUUUGAAGAUCACAAACUAUCUUUCUUUAAAGUAGUUUCACACAAUGGAGCUUCUGUGUAUAAUUGCUGUUCUAAUAAAAGAUUGUACGAGAUUGAAGGUAGCAGUAGAAAGUAAUUCUCACACCCCUUUCAAUACAUCACAGUUGACAGUUUUGUGGUGGCAGAUUGCUUUGACUGGCCUUGUGAGACGUGAAAAUAUAAGCUUGAAUUCUGUUACAAUAUUGAAUUCUAGUUAAGUGCGGACAUGACAUGGGUGCAAAAACUGGAUGGAGUACUUUUUAAACCAUAAAAAUAAUACUAGUCAUUUAGAAAAGGACAACUAUAGAGGUAUCCUGUUAUUUAUCAUGUUUACAUUUCCAUUGGUUUUACUUCAAUUUCAGAUGCACAUUAUUCCCAUGCCCUUUUCUUUUCAAUUUAUUGUACAUUAGCUGAUGAAUCCCCUUAUAUUUAUAGAAGCUGUGAUAUAGUACAUUUCUCUAUUGUGUAAACGUUACUUUGUGUUUUUAUAGGUUGGGAUAUUGUUGCUUUACAAAAAUGAAAUAAAACAAUUUACAGCAUCAAAAAUGAUUUUUAUGUAAGGUAAAUCAUCCAAAAAUAAUGAAGGAUCUAAAGAAACAAAGUGUGUAUAUGACAUAUGUAUAUGUACAAACUUUAGCAAGAAAUAAAACAAAUGUAUUUCACCUGCA